AAUGAGACAGCGUGAUAAGCAGGCAAAGAGACAGAGAUGAACAGACCAGAGAGCUCCUCUGUGUUCAGUUUGAACCACUCAAUAGUUAGUUGGAGCUCCACUGGCAUGACUUCACUGAUGCAACGCAGAGAGCAGCAAAGGUCUUUUUCUUUGUCUCUUAUUCCAGCAAGGGACUAAAGAUGGACCAUGGAGACAGAGGAGUGGGUGUCUCACACCUUCAAUAUGAUGAAGACGAUGACCACCAGUCCAUUUAUAUUGGCGUCCCAGUUUCUCGAGGGUACAGACGCAAACACAGACGAAGGCGCUCUAAUCGAGAAACUCAAGACACAGACAGACGCUACAAUCAGCCCACACACCAUGACCAUGAUCGGUACGGAGAAAUAGACAUGGAGGAGGGACUCAUUGAUUCAGCUGAGCASAGUCUCCAAGACAUCAACCGUACAAUGUCACCUGCAGCAGAGCGACUACGCUACAUCCUGAGUGAAGAUGAUGACCUUCCCACACCGACGCUCUUCACAGAGAUGGACACUCUGCAGCGAGAAGGUGAAGAACUGGAGUGGAAGGAGUCUGCCAGGUGGGUGCGCUUUGAGGAGAAGGUGGAAGAAGGAGGAGAGAGAUGGAGUAAACCCCACGUGUCCACGCUGUCUUUGCACAGUCUUUUUGAGCUCAGGACUUGUCUCCAAACAGGAACAGUGCUGCUGGAUCUAGAAGGAUAUUCUCUGCCUCAGAUUGUGGAUGACAUCAUUGACAGGCAGAUAGAUGAAGGCUUGAUUUCUCCUGACCUCAGAGAGAAACUGAGUUUUGUGCUGUUGAGAAAGCAUCGACAUCAGACCAAGAAGCCCAUUCACCGCUCACUGGCUGACAUGGGCAAGUCCAGCUCCUCCACCAGUCGAAAUGUAGCAAAUCGAGGUGCAGCAGGUCCAGGACCGGGUCAGAGCCAAGGGGCAAAUUUCAACAGAUCCACAGAGGACCUUCGCAUGAAACAGCAAACUGCUAACUAUGGCCGUCUGCGUCACGCUCAGAGUCGGAGUAUGAACGAUAUCGCUGAUACUCCAAGCCCAGACCAGYUGAAAAAUAAAUUCAUGAAGAAAAUCCCCAGAGAUGCAGAAGCAUCCAAUGUCUUAGUGGGCGAGGUGGAUUUCCUCAGCAAACCUUUUGUUGCCUUUGUCCGUCUGAUCCAAGCUACAACACUGGGAGGCCUGACAGAGGUGCCUGUUCCCACCAGAUUCCUGUUUGUUCUCUUGGGACCACCAGGAAAGGCCAAGUCAUAUAAUGAGAUCGGCCGAGCCAUAGCAACCCUAAUGGUGGAUGAUCUUUUCAGUGAUGUAGCCUACAAGGCCAGAGAUCGGGAGGACCUUAUAGCUGGCAUAGAUGAGUUUUUAGAUGAAGUGAUUGURCUUCCACCUGGAGAAUGGGAUCCUAAAAUCCGCAUUGAGCCACCGAAGAAAGUCACCUCGGCUGACAAAAGAAAAUCAGUCCUUUCCUUGAAUGAGCUUGGACAGAUGAAUGGUACAGCUGAAGGAGGAGGAGGUCUCUCUGAAGACAAGGAGAUGCCAGAGCAGCAUGAGCUUGGAGAAGAGCUGGCRUUUACCGGACGGGUGUGAUGGAGAGUUUUCUGGGUACAGCUUUGGCUGGUUCUGUCUUCUGCCUCUUCAGCGGCCAGCCCCUCAUCAUUCUCAGCUCCACUGGUCCCAUUCUCAUCUUUGAAAAGCUUUUGUAUGACUUCAGCAAAAACAAUGGCAUAGAUUAUAUGGAGCUGCGUCUGUGGAUCGGUAUCCACUCCUGCCUGCAGUGUUUGAUCCUCGUGGCCUCAGAUGCCAGUUACAUCAUCAAAUACAUGACACGCUUCACUGAGGAGGGCUUYUCCAGCCUGAUCUCCUUUAUCUUCAUUUCUGAUGCUAUCAAGAAGAUGGUGGCUGCUUUCAAAUAUUACCCCAUCAACACCGACUUCAAGACAGACUAUGUCACCACCUUCAAGUGCGAGUGCUUGGCCCCAGACUCGAUUCCAAUGCCAGAUAACAGGUCUAGUAUUUCUGGGUUGAAUGUGACAGCUCUGGACUGGAGUCAGCUGAGCAAGAAGGAGUGUCUGAAGUAUGGAGGCUCUCUGGUGGGAAAGUCCUGCAAGUAUGUCCCAGAYCUGGCCCUCAUGUCCUUCAUUCUCUUCUUCGGCACCUACUCCAUGACUGUYUCCCUGAAGAAGUUCAAGUUCAGCCGCUACUUCCCCACCAAGUUAAGGAAACUCAUCAGUGACUUCUCCAUCUUCAUGUCCAUCAUGACAUUUGUUGGGCUUGAUAUGCUCAUUGGGCUCGAGACUCCCAAGCUAAUUGUCCCRACAGAGUUUAAGCCAACUCGGUCAGAUCGUGGCUGGUUGGUGAUGCCUUUUGGAAAGAACCCAUGGUGGAUAUAUUUGGCUAGCUUCAUUCCUGCCCUGCUUGUGACUAUCCUCAUCUUCAUGGACCAGCAGAUCAGUGCCGUCAUUGUUAACCGCAAGGAGAACAAACUUAAGAAAGGUUGUGGAUACCACUUGGAUCUGUUCUGGGUCGGGAUCCUCAUGGCUGUCUGUUCUUUCUUGGGUCUGCCAUGGUAUGUGGCUGCCACCGUGAUCUCCAUUGCCCACAUUGAUUCUCUGAAGAUGGAGAGUGAAUCCAGCGCUCCAGGAGAACAGCCACAAUUCCUCGGGGUCAGAGAGCAGAGAGUGACGGGCAUUUUGGUGUUUGUUCUCACCGGAGUCUCCAUCUUCCUCGCUCCAAUACUCAAAUUCAUCCCCAUGCCUGUGCUGUAUGGCAUCUUCCUUUAUAUGGGUGUCGCUUCUCUCAGUGGAAUCCAGUUCUGGGACAGAAUCAAGCUAUAUUUGAUGCCAUCCAAGCACCAGCCUGACUACACCUAUCUCCGCCAUGUUCCUCUGAGGAGGGUUCACCUGUUCACUCUUAUCCAGAUUAUGUGUCUGGCUUUGCUGUGGGUCCUUAAAUCCACCUUCUUAGCCAUUAUAUUUCCUGUCAUGAUUCUGGGUCUGAUGGUGGUCCGAAAGCUGCUGGAUAUGGUCUUCUCCCGGCAUGACUUGGCGUGGCUGGAUGACCUCCUGCCAGAAAAAGAAAAGAAAAAGAGUGAUGAUGACAAGAAGAAAGGGAARGAAAAGGAGAAAGACAAAAAGAAGCCCAAAGCAGAUGACAGUGAGGAAGAGGAGAAAUACCACGGUUACCCCAACCACUCACCCAGCUCAGAGUCAGAUGUGGAUCGCAGCAUCACUCUCCACUUGAAGAUCUCCUGCCCAUCAUCUCCAGCCAUGCCCAUGGGCAGAGGGAUGACCUGCCCUGUGCCCCAAGUCAAGAUUGAGAUGGAGUCAGACUACGACUCAGACAUGGACCGCCACCGGGCCCGGGACAUGAGCAGUGAGACCACAUUAUGAGGAUGUUCUACCUUAUGGACUGAACUGUGUCCAACUUGAAUACUGAAUGUAGCUCGUGCUGACCCAGGCAGGAAACGUGUCAUCGACUGGUAUCUGGUUCAUCCUGACACAUGAUCAAACUCACAUCUGGCUUCACUGCAGUUAAGAAUUCAAUGUUUUGAAGUAUUUGCUUUGAAACUUGUAUAGUUAGGUGUCCAGAAUAUUAAGCUGAAUUCAUUGAUGUACAUUUGUAUGAUGUUAAAGACCCUGAAAAGAGAAAACAUUUGUCUCUUUAAGGUAAUAUAUUUGUUGUGAAAAAUGUAACCAGUACUACUAGACAAUGUACUCUUGUAUUUACACUAUACCAAAACUCAGUCACUUCACAGAAGCCUGUAUGUACAUAAAACAUUUUGAAAAUGUGAAAAGAUUGACGCUCAGUCUGUUUUCUGUGAGGUUGAAAAGACAAUUGUACAAAUAUUUUCUUUCUGUUUGAAUAUAUUUCUUAGGUGUGUCUGCUGUGUCUAUCUGAUCCCACAGAGCCAGCUCAGUUUUUGGCUCCCAAAUUUACAAAGAGCAAAAAGAAACAACCAAAAGGCACCAACAUUUUGAUGUUUCUGAAACCUCACUUAAAAAAAGUUGAAAGUAACAGGUUUGUUCUUUUAACUAAGAACAUGCUUAAACUGAAAUACACCACAUGCUUACUGUAAAACUGAAUGCCACACAGAGCUGUACAYGAGAUGACAUGAUCUUUUCAAUUAAACUUCUAUUAUUCUGAACUAUGACUAAGGGAUUUAUUAACUCUUCAGUAAAAUGUGUUGCUUAGAAAAUACAGCUGAGCUGAAGGAAAUGAUGUAACAUUUAUGUGGAGAAGAAGGAGGACUUUAAGGUGCUAGAGCAAUGGAGCAAAUUUAAUUUGGAUAUUUGAUUGAACAGGGCACYGUCAAAACUCAAGACACUAAAAAAAAAUAGUUUGAUCAUUUUGAAGUGGGUAAAAUGUAUUAUUUAUAUUAUCUUACCAAAUGUAAAUUGUUUCUUGAAUGGUUUGUUUGGUAAAAUGCUUUAUGCCAAACAGGACUAACAAGCUUGUCACCUAUGUAAGACCAUAAUAAACUGAU